AGAUCAUGACCUGAGCUGAAGUCGGAUGACUGAGCCACCCAGGCCCCCCUCGUUUUUAGUUAAUUUGUAUUUAAACAGCCACACUUGACUUAGGGUUGUCUUAUUGGACAGUGCAUCUCUGGAGGACCUGUUCCCUCUCGCCCAACUCGUAAGAGGCCAUGUCUCUGACUGAACUCCUUAUUUAUUGAGAGCUAUGAAGGAGAGGGACAAGGAAGAUGGGGAGCCCAAGACCAAGCAGCUCAGAGAAGGGGAAGAGGAAGGCGAGAAGCACAGGGAACUCAGGCUGCGGAACUAUGUCCCAGAGGACGAGGACCUGAAGAGGAGGAGGGUGCCCCAGGCCAAGCCAGUCGCCGUGGAAGAGAAGGUGAAGGAGCAGCUGGAGGCCGCCAAACCAGAGCCCGUCAUCGAGGAAGUGGACCUGGCCAACCUCGCGCCCCGGAAGCCUGACUGGGACCUCAAGAGAGACGUAGCCAAGAAACUAGAGAAGCUAGAAAAACGGACCCAGAGGGCCAUUGCCGAGCUGAUCCGUGAGAGGCUGAAAGGCCAAGAGGACAGCCUGGCCUCUGCAGUGGACGCCACCACCGAGCAAGAGGCCUGUGACUCUGACUGAGGCACGCCAUGUCCCCUUGCCCCUGUCAGGCCUGUCCUGUGGGUGGGUGGUCUCGGGCAAGGGUGGGGCUGGGCUUGCUGUUACCUCCAGAGCCAAACCGCCCCAUCAGCCUGAAACCCCCGCCGUGGGGUGAGGUCAGCUCCUUGUCUCCUGAGUGGUCCCCGUCACCCCGACAGGGGCAGAGCUGACAGCAACCCUGUGGGCUUGCUGUGUCUGUACAUAUGUAUGUAUUUUGAACUUUCUUUUAUCUCUAGAAAUAGAAACAAGCAGACCUGUA